CAGCUGCGAGCUCAAGCACAAGCGUGGCGUUCGUAUGCCGUCCCUCGCCGAUCACCUCGCCUCCCUACUGCGCCUACUGUGGAAGGUGCUCAUGGCUCCGCUCUGGUUCUUCGAUCGCGUCGACAAGGAGAAGGCGGUCCUCGCGGUGCCGCCAGCAGUGCGCCGACGCAUGCUCAAGCUCAUGUUCGGGCCGACGCUCGCGUGGACGAUGCUGCUGCACCGCGCGAUGCCCGACCAGCGCCGCUGGUACGACCGUGUGGAUGAGCGGCUCAUCCUGGGCGCGCUGCCGCUCGAGAAGUCGCUCGAGAGCCUGGCGCGCGUCGAGCGCGUCUCGGGUGUCCUCAACAUGUGCGACGAGUUUGACGGCCACGCGAGCUACGGCCGGCUCGGAAUCACGCAGCUGAGGCUUCCGACGAUGGACUACUGCUCGCCCUCCGCGCAGCAGGUGGAGAACGGCCUCGACUUCAUCCGCAAGCAGCCCCCGGGAGGGACGGUGUACUGCCACUGCAAGGCGGGCCGUGGCCGUGCAGGGACCAUGGCCAUGGCCUACCUCAUCACCGAGAAGGGGAUGACGCCGGCACAGGCGCAGGCGGAGCUACGGCGCAUCCGGCCGCACGUCUCGCCGCGGCUCUGGUCGCGUCCCACUGUGCGCGAGAUGUACCGUCGAGCCACCUACCGGCGCAUGCAGCCGCAAGAAGGGCAAAUGCAGCAGCCGCAGCAGCAAGCGCCGCCACAACAGCAGGCGCCGCCGCAGCAGGCGCCGCUAGCGCAGCAGCAAGCGCCGCCGCCGCAGCCGAUGACGGCGGGCGGGCAGUGGACCGGGGCGGUGGGCGGCGGUGAUGGCGCAGCGGCGGCGGCUGGCGGCGCGCCUCAGCCGCCCCAGCCGGCGGGCGGCUUGUGGCCGGGGGGCGGCGAGAACUAGGCGCGGCCUUCGCGAGUGUGCGGUGUACGCGCGGCCGAAGCAGUGGGUGGCUGUUAGUCACGUCAGAGAGGACACACAGGGCAUCUCACACUCUCGCCGUGUUUUCGUAGCUCCGCUUCCUCUCUCGCGCCGCGCCGACGGCCGCGGUGAGGGUGUAGAGAGGCGAGCGAUUUGCUUUUUGUG